AUGUCUAAGCGUACUUUGUCUCCUUCCACCUCCUCCCGUCAAACUCGAGCUUCUACCUUGGCAAUCCUGCCUGACGUCGACCCCGAACUCCUCAUGCGUAAGACGAAAAGAAUGAGAAUUACGUCUGAAGCCGCUUCCUCUCAACCCCCAUUGGUUGAUGCGUCUCGACGAGCUCUCGACACCAUUAAGGAGAAGUAUCAAUCCGGUCCUUCUCGCGAAGCACAAUCGCUCCUUGAUGACCAUGUCAUCGAGCAAUAUUUCGACUUCGAAGGGGGUGCUGGGCCAUCUGCCACUGGUGAGAACCUAUCUCCCGCCAAAUCCGUCGACUCCGAACACCCUACCGUCGUCGAAAAUGAAAAUUCUCCCGCUACCCUUUGGGCCAGCAUGACCUUCCCCUCUGUUCGUCUCGCGUUGAAGAACGAAGCUCUGGACCGUUUCCGCGAAACCAACGCCAUCAAGCCCACUGUAAAGUGGUUUAAGAAUGCU